AUGAUAGAAGGAUCUUCAGUGAACGUUCACAUUCUGAAAAUGAUUGGCUAUAUUAAAAAAUUAGACCAACUAGGCUUUGUCAUGGAUCAUAAGUUAAGCAUUGACCUGGUCUUACAGUCUCUACCUCCAAGCUUAUCACAGUUCAUAAUGAACUUUAACAUGAAUCAGUUGCAAGCUACAUUGCCUAGACUGUUGGGUAUGCUAACCACUAUUGAAAAGGAACCUAAGAAGGACAAGUCCUCUGUUCUUAUGGUUCAAUCUUCUAAGCCUAAAUCCAAGUGGGCCAAGAAGAAGAACUAUAAGAAGAAAGGGGCUUCCUUUAAAGCACUUAAGCCUACUAGUGCAUUAAAAAGGACAAAGGUACCUGCCAUCAUUGUUGCAAAAAAGGCCACUGGAGGAGGAACUGUGCUGACUAUCUUGCUACUCUGA